AUGGACACUCGCAAUCUCCUAGCCCUCCCCGUGGAGGUCCGCCGUAUUAUUUUGGUAGAGCUCUUACUCUCCAACCCUGGCGAUGGGCCGCUUCCCUUCUACCGUGCGCCGUAUCCUCCUGAACUAUAUCCAGCCAUUCUUCACACGUGCAGCCAGCUCUACACCGAGGGUUCUGAGCUCCUCUAUGGCCAUAUGCUUCAUUUCGAGAUCUACACCAAUGGCCUUCCUAGCUUUUACGGAACUCCUACGCCGUACGAGUCUCGUGCAGUGUAUAUCGGCCGCUCGUUCGAGACUGACAGCAUCCCUCCUGCAAUCACAGCCAGGACCAAUCACGUAAGCAUCCAGAUCAACGCUCGUCGCCAUCACGGCAGAUAUCCGAUGCAUUCGCUACAGCAAGAGAUUCGCAAGGUAGUCAGGCUGAUAGACAGGACACCUCACUGGCAAUUCCUCACCCUUCGCGCCUAUGCCAGUGGUGGACUCCUGCUACACGAAGCGCUCGAGACAGGGCCACCGGAGAGCUUACAACCUUUUCUGCCGCUGACUAGGCUUUGCAACCGAACAAUCGUGCUCUGUCAAGGACUGGACCCCCUGUUUGCGAAAGAGCUGACGGACAAGCUAUCAUCUCGCGUCAUAGCCCCACACAUCGACGACAUGUACGAAGAACUAGACGCCCUUCUCAAGGCCAUGGCCCCUCCGCCUGUACCGGCUGGCAAGAGGCGCACGGAAACAGACUUUGCCGUUAUACGCGCUCUGCAGGACCACGACUCGCUGGCGCAGCUAUUGCGGUGUCAGUGUGAGCACCUGAGAAACCAUGGAGACAUAACUGGCUUCCUCAAGGCGCGACAGACCUUUGUUGGAAAGCUGAAGACGCUCUUUGAGGAGUGUAUGGCACGUGCUGCUGGGGCGCCUGCUAUUCAAGGGGACCAUGCGUGGAUCCAACAGGAGCUGGCCAGGUUAAGCGGCGAGCAAGCUGGCAAUUAG